AUGCCAGAUACAUCAUGUUUGUGGCGUCGGAACUACAGAAACCCCAAGAAUUCCGAGUACGUUAGAGUGGUGUUGCUGAUCAUUUUCGUCAUCUACGUCAUGAGUAAGAUUGUGGAUGUGAUUGGCUUGGUGUACCCACAAGAAGAACCUUACCCAGAAGCAGUCAAUGGGAUGGAUGGCAUGAACAUUGUGGCCAAGGAGUGCUCAGCCACCACCAAUGUCUGUUACAACGUGGUGGAUUACAGCACUGAGUAAGUAGUAGUUGAUUUGACGGCUUAAAAUUAUCAAUCAUAGUUUUAUAGUUACAAUACUUAAGUAACCGUAGUGACUAUUUCAUCACACCUAUAACUAUAUGUUGUGUUACAGUACCCUCGGAUUGAAAGUGAAUCGAGUAAUAUACCUAAACGGAAUGGAGAAGGAAGUUGACACUAUGGUAUCGCUGAUACCUUUACCAGGACGAACAUUUCACGAUUCUGACACAAGGUUCUGGCCCGUGAAUCAUACCAUCGUACAAUCACAAUACGUCGCUUUGAUAUGUAUAGCACCAUUUGUGGUGGGAAGUGUACCAUCAAGGAAUGUCAAGGAGAGUAACUCGUCGGUUUUGAUGGUGGGAUUGGGUGGUGGAAGUGCAGACAUGUUCUACCAUACUGUGCGACCUAAUGUAAGUUUAUUAUCCUAAACUAUAAAAGAAACGUUGGUUGAAUCAAGGGAUAGUUGAUAUUAAAUUUAAGAUUUAGUUCUAAAAGUUCUAAAAAUUGUUUCAGUGGAACAUCACAGUAUACGAAAUCGACGCUACAGUAGUAGAUCUAGCCAAGAGAUGGUUCGGAGUAAUAGAAGACGAAACCAGAAGAACCAUCGUACAAGAUGGAGUUGUUGCGAUAAAAGAAGCUGCCGAAAGGGAUUUGAAGUACGAUGUUGUUGUUAUAGAUGCUUGUGAUGAAGAUGACACUUUACCGUGUCCUGCAAAGCCAUUUUUGGACGUACAAUUGCUCAACAAUGUAAAGAAAAUCCUUUCACUUCGAGGUAAGGUUCAUUACUAUAAUUAGAAUACCUUAAAUGCUUUAAUUUUGUAUAAAUAUUACAAUAAUAACAUAAUGUUACUUUAGGUUGCGUAGUAUUCAACGUGUUAACUCUCAAGAACAGUGACCAAAACGAGAACCAAGUUCAACAGAAACUGCUGAAUGUGUUCCCAACGUGCAUCAGUUUGAGGCCAGAUCAGGAGACCAAUGUCAUCUUUGUAUGUCUACCGUACUCUUUACAACAGAGUAACGUCGAACACACGAAACAGUUGUGGGAAUCUGAAGCUGCCAGUUUGAUGAACCGGUUUCAAUUCCAAUUUCAAACUUCAAUUAAUGUAGUUAGGUCAUAA